AAAUAAAAUAAACAGAAGUCUUCCAUUGACCCAAGAAAAGAGAGAAUGUUUCCAUUCCCUAUACCAGAGGAUCAAAAUGAUCUGCAUUCAUAUUUUCUGACGAUCAGCUCCAAAGGAAAACUACAAACUUGGUUUUCUUACAUAGCAUUAGCAGAUAACGAUCUUAGGCGGUAAAAUGGAAGGAAUCAAUGAAGCUCCAAAUGACAUAGACAACCCCUAUGAUCCAUUACUCGAGGAGUUGCGUAACUUGUUACCCCUGUCCCCUUUGCGGUGCAUCUAUAGAGUUCCUGAGCGACUACGGCAGGGAAAUGAGAAAGCAUACACACCUCAAGUAGUCUCCAUAGGCCCACUUCACCAUGGCAAGGAACACUUAAAAGCCAUGGAAGAGCACAAAAAAAGGUACCUGCGACAUUUUCUAAGUCGAACUGGGGUAAGCUUCUUUGAUUAUAUACAAAUGAUAAAGGAGCAAGAGGGAAGGUUGCGAGGUUUUUAUGCAGAAUCCAUUGAGUUUAGCAGUGAUCAAUUUGUAAGAAUUGUUUUGGUGGAUGCUGCCUUCGUCAUUGAGUUCUUAUUGAGGAACUAUUCUGUAAAUUUUCGAGGUGAAGAUGAUUACAUUUUUAACAAACCAAUGAUGAAGCGGGAUGUGCGCCCAGACUUGCGGUUGCUUGAAAAUCAGCUGCCAUUCUUCAUUCUUCAGGUUCUUUUCAACACCACUUUUUCUUCUGCAAAUCAGCGGCCUUCGUUACUUGAAAUUUCCUAUUUUUUUAUCAAGAGCGCAAUCGAUAGCAAGGGAAAAGAAGACAGUUUUGACAAAAUACGUUCUUCUGGGGUAGAAGUACAACAUUUUGUUGAUCUGAUAAGAACUCUAUACCUACCGAUGAAAUCAAAAGCUAUAAAGAAAUUUAAAACCACAGCCGCACCCAACAUCACAGAGCUACUCCAGGCUGGAGUGAAGUUUGCGGCAGGAACCGGCCACAGCUUAUUUGACAUAAAAUUCUCUGGUGGGAUCCUCGAAAUUCCGAAGAUAACUAUAAAUGAUACCACAAAUAUGACACUCAGAAAUCUCCUUGCUUUUGAACAAUGCCAUACCAAAGAGGCAAAUUACCUAACUAAUUAUGUUUUCCUCAUGAAGCGUCUCGCGAAAACCCCAAAGGAUGUGGAAUUGCUUGUUGAGUAUGGAAUUAUUGAAAAUUGGCUAGGUGAUACCAAGAAGAUAUCUACUUUGCUCCAUGACCUUGGCACUAGGGUCAUCGUUAGCAACCACUAUUAUGCCGCUCUUUGUGAAGAUCUGAACAACUACUGCAGAACUCCCAGGCACAAAUGGAUGGCAAAUUUGAGACAAAAUUAUUUUAACUCGCCUUGGUCCAUUAUUUCUGUUGUUGCAGCUGUUAUUCUCCUCAUACUCACUUUCAUACAAACUGUGUGCUCUAUCAAAUCUACUGCUUAAGCAUCAACGACCGCAAGUGUCUCCUUCUCCGGAGGAUCUGCAAGUCUCUCCUUCACCGUAUCCUCCGUAUCCUUACAAGUCUAGCCUAGUCUUUGAGAGUACAGAGUUUGCAUUAGCUAUCUCAGGUUUCCUUGAAGCGAGUGUAAUAGAUGUUCCAACAAAAUAAAGUAUAGAAGAGUGUGAUUUUAAAUUGGUUGUUUUUAUUCCACAAGAAGUGAAGAUUUCCAUUAAAAUGUUGCUUUAAGCAUCACUUUACUGAUCUUAGUAAAGACAUCAAUGCAUAACACAGAAGUGCAAGGCAAUGUUGAAACAAUACUCUUUCAA